AAAAAAAAAAAUCUGGGAACCAGAGCGGAUGGACUGAGCCGCACUUGGGAAACCGCGGGGACUUUGUGCUAGGUCUCGGGCCCUGCGUCUGUUCAGCACCGUGGCUCCGCGCACCUACCACCAUGGAGCUGCGGCCUCGUCUCGGAGCCAUCUGUUUGCUGGGCUUCAGUUUCCUGCUCCUCGUCACCUCUUCUGAUGGACAUAAGGGGCUUGGAAAGGGUUUUGGAGAUCACAUUCAUUGGAGGACACUAGAAGAUGGGAAGAAAGAAGCAGCUGCCAGUGGGUUACCCCUGAUGGUGAUUAUCCAUAAGUCCUGGUGUGGAGCUUGCAAAGCUUUAAAGCCCAAAUUUGCAGAAUCUACAGAAAUUUCAGAACUUUCCCAUAAUUUUGUUAUGGUAAAUCUUGAGGAUGAAGAAGAGCCCAAAGAUGAAGAUUUCAGCCCUGAUGGGGGUUAUAUUCCACGAAUCUUGUUCCUGGAUCCCAGUGGCAAGGUGCGUCCUGAAAUCAUCAAUGAGAAUGGAAACCCCAGCUACAAGUAUUUCUACAUCAGUGCUGAGCAAGUUGUUCAGGGGAUGAAGGAAGCUCAGGAAAGGCUGACGGGUGAUGCCUUCAGAGAGAAACAUCUUGAAGAUGAGUUGUAACAUGAAUGUAUCCCUUCUUUCAUCAAAGUUACUGUUCUGGAAGGAAGGUAGCAGGGAAGGGAAUAUUGAGGAAUCACUCAGAACAAUUAAACCUUGUUCCUGCGUACAUGGGAAGGGGCCCUCUCACUGUGGAAGAGUUCUGCUGCCAGAAGCUGGUCUCCAUGUUUGUGAUCCAGCAGAGUGUGGCAGACUUCCUUCUCCUGUCCCCUCUCACCUAAAUGUCUCUGUCAUUGAAGGUAAAGAAUGACACCUUUUGACACAAAACUUGAGCCAUUUGGAGGUUUACUCCUCACACUGCAGUAGUUGAAUCUUUCCAUUUCCUCCUGCUUUACUCACCUUAGUGGUGAAAAGAGACCAGAAGCAUCUUUUUUAUAAUGUUAAAAUUGCAGAAAUAGCUUAUCAUUUAAAACAACAAGUCCUAAAGGUAAAUCCGUAAUUCUACCCCACCAAGGAGACCAGCCUGUUUCUUCUCUUUUUCUCCUGGGAAUAAUCUUGGGCUUCUUCCUGAAUCCCUUCAACUUCCUUCCUCUUCUCUGGCUUGGCUUCCCUGUUUGCACGCAUGCGUGUGCAGGAAUGGCUGUGUGCUUUGGACUCAGCCCAGCUGGAAGCAUGCUUUCCCCUGUUACUGUUGGAGAAACUCAAAACUUCAAGCCCUAGAUGGAGCCAUUUUUGUCAAGUCAUCAACUGUAUUUUUGUACUGGGCUUAACCAAAAAAUAUAUAUAUAUAUAUAUAUUAAUUGUUCCAUUAAACUUUAAUAAAACUUGAAAAGGAAA